GCGUGCUGGCGGCGGCGGCGGCCGCGCAGUCCCGGCCCAGCGCCCGCGGCGCCCCUGGUACGGCCCGAGCGGCCUGGCUGAGGGAUCGGUGGGUAGCGAUGGCGCGGUCGCGCCGGCAGCGCCCGGGGGCCUGGGCGCCGCUGCUCUUGCUGCUGCUGGCCGGGCCCGUCGCCUGUGCCGCCAGCCCCGCGGACGACGGCGCGGGCGCCGGGGGCCGGGGGCCCCGGGGCCGCGCGCGGGGGGACUCGGGCUCCGACGAGGCGGUGCCGCGCCAUGACUCCUCCUAUGGCACCUUCGCGGGGGAGUUCUACGACCUACGCUACCUGUCCGAGGAGGGUUACCCUUUCCCUACUGCUCCUCCUGUGGAUCCAUUUGCCAAAAUCAAAGUGGAUGACUGUGGAAAAACUAAGGGAUGCUUUAGAUAUGGCAAACCGGGCUGUAAUGCAGAGACCUGUGACUACUUCCUUAGCUACCGGAUGAUAGGGGCUGAUGUGGAAUUUGAGCUGAGUGCAGACACAGAUGGUUGGGUAGCAGUUGGAUUCUCUUCAGACAAGAAAAUGGGUGGUGAUGAUGUCAUGGCCUGCGUCCACGACGACAACGGCAGGGUGCGUGUACAGCACUUCUAUAACGUAGGCCAGUGGGCAAAGGAGAUUCAGAGAAAUCCUGCCAGAGAUGAGGAAGGAGUUUUUGAGAAUAACCGGGUCACCUGCAGAUUUAAACGGCCUGUGAACGUUCCCAGAGAUGAAACGAUAGUUGAUCUGCAUUUAAGUUGGUAUUAUCUGUUUGCUUGGGGUCCAGCCAUUCAGGGCUCCAUCACCCGACAUGAUAUAGACUCACCACCGACUUCAGAGCGUGUUGUCAGUAUUUACAAGUAUGAGGACAUUUUUAUGCCAUCAGCUGCCUAUCAGACCUUCUCCUCUCCAUUCUGUCUGCUUCUCAUUGUUGCCCUGACCUUCUACUUAUUGAUGGGAACCCCUUAACCACAGCUGCAAAGCCAACAGAUUCAAUGCAUUAUUAGAAAGUCUUUAGUAUAUUUUUAAAAAAUAUGCAGUAUAAUUUUAGCUUCUACUAUGUAAAAAAAAAAAGACUUAUAUGAUUCAGCUUUCUGGAAGAAAGAGCAAGUUUCUUUUCUAAGCGAAGAGGAUUGUUUAAUAAUGACCCCAUACUUUGGGAAAGUACUUAAAACUUUUCUAAGCGCUCACUUUCAAAUACGUUUUCUUAUUUGAGCUUCUCAACGUCUCUGAGUUGGCUUGAUGAACAUUAUUAUUGCCAUCGUACUGAAUGGGAUUUGAGACCCAGGAAGGCUCCCUUUUUAUGACUCUCGUGCCAUGUAGCCUUGGCUACUUGGUCAGAUAACACAUAGCAAGGUAGAGAAAGCUAGGCAUAGAAACCAUGUCUCUAAACAACCUUUACUCUUCCAACUACAGCUCAAGAGAGUUACUUGGAGUAAUACUAAGGAGAACUUCACUGGAUGGCCCAAGUUCACAGUCAGCCUUUUAGGCAGAAGAACUUUCAAAUUUUCAUAAAGCAUGAAGGCAUUUGGAUACUUACACAGCUAAUGAGGAGAAUGAUGGAGAUAAUAGUGAUAUGAAAAUGGUUCAUAUUUAUUUGAAGUGUCUUCUGGAUUAGUAAGUAGCUAAAAGAACACACUUUUUUUUGCUGCUUGGAAAGGUUAGAAAUGGAACUGUGCGUGUUCCUGAAGAUGUAAAAUUAUAUUAAUGAUAACAAAAAAUAUGGGCAUUCUUAGAAGUUAGAAUUUGGACUCUACUACCACUGUAUUUAAUAAAUUAAGGUGUUCAUUUGUGGUUACAGCUAAUUCUGUUGUUAGUCACCAUAUAUUGAGUAUGAUUAAAUGUGUAUUAUAAUAGACAAAUCAUCUUGAAUAUUCAAGGCAUUUUGAUAACAAAUUAACAUUUUUGGAGAUUGUGGAGAUUUGGAGUAGAAACAUUUUAAAGAUGACAUUUUUUUUUAAUCAGCAAAUGCGAAAUGACCCAUCAAGUGAAUUUACUUAGAGUAUCCAUUCAAAUGUUCAGACUUGUAAAUUGGAUUGGCAGUCAGCAUAAUUUAUAAUAAUGUCUUGACUUAAUGCAUUUUCUUUUUGCAAAGGAACCCAAACGUUCCUUUAUUCCAACUGACUGAGUUAACAGCCCAUUUAGAGGAAAAGAGUCUCUGGGUAUAAUUAUGCUGCUGAGGCAUUUCCACUGUAGAGUUCUGGAGUCUUCUGGCUCCCCCCCCAACCCCCCACCCCGUUGCUUUAAAGCUGGCUCCAACUUUGUGGUUUUUGUGAUUAACAACACUGGAGACUGUGAUUUCUAAUGCCAUCCUUGGAAUCCAUGUCAGAAGUGAAAGGCCACCUCUCCUAUGGGGGAAGCUUUCACAAUUCUUCUGGCACUGAACAAAAAUAAGGAAAACAUCCAGAUUCUGUGACAUUUACUGCGUGCAUCCAAGGGAUGUAGGAGAAACAAUCCUCAUUGCAGGUGGACAGAGGUGAAAUGACAUCAAGCGAGUGAUGGAUUCAAACUCAAGUCAUCAGAUUCAAGUCCCUGGCUCCACCUGACUCAUAACCAAGCCCUCCAGCCUUGGCUGAGGAUGGCCUGUGCAUCACCUUCUAAGCUCCAGUGGUUGUGUAGCAGUGAGGACACUGAGUAUGCAGGCACCCAGGUUGUAAAUAAGAAAGCAAAUAUUUUUAUAUUUCACCCUCUCAUGGGUAUAAUAUUUCCGCCAUAAAUAGGUUCAAACUAAAUCGAGACUUGAGCUAGUCUCUGUAGCAGGCAGGGAAGGAAUAAAUUAAGGGAUUUUCCUUCUGCUUACCUUUCAAGUCAAGCUAAUUGUUUCAUGAAUUGUUUUUCCUUGGAUUACCAGUUUCGCCUCUUUGUGCUUAGAACUUUCAACGAUUUCUCAUUUCCAUUAGUGUGAAAUGCAAACCACUUUGUUUACCUCCAAUAUCAUCUUUUGUUACCACUCCUCACCUUGCUCUGUCCCAGCAAGACUGACUUGCUCUCAGUUCCUCAGACCUGCUCUCUCACCUCUCAUGACGUUCCCUGUGGCCCAAACAUCCUCCACUUCCUGGGCUUGCUGAACUCCUAUGCACCUGUCAGGUCACAGAGUCAGUAUUUCUUCCUCCAGUCCCCUGGACUAAGUAUCAAUAGGUUCAGGUCCCUGCCAAAUGCUCCCAGAGCACACUCGGCUUCCCCAUUAUUUUACUCAUCACACUUUCCUGUAAUUGCUGGCUCGUCCUCCCUGCUAACUCCCUAAUGCAGGGACCAUUUCCUGUUACUCAUCCUUAUAACAGACAUGACUGCAUAGUAGGUACCCAGCAAACAUUUGUUGAAUGAAUAAAUAAACGAAACUCUACUCCCGUGGCAAGUUUGGUCCAGAAAGCUUGUAUUCCAUAUACAUUGCUAGACUGGCCAACAUUUUUAUAUUCUUCGACCUGUGAUCACUCCUUUAGCAAACACUGAACUUUUGUCUCUUGAAACAAAAAUCGAAAGAUCUUUCGUAACAAGGCUGUCUUGCCCUGUAAAACAGGGUUGACAUUUUUAACAAUAAUCAUUGUUCAGAAAUGGGAAUUCAACAGACCAGGGAUGCAGAACAGCAUUUAACCGUCAUCCCAGAGAAUCAUCAAUUUAUAGACAUACUGAAGUUAAAACUCUGUAGACUCCAAUUUUAUUCGUUCUUACAUAAUGUAGGAGAAUCAACUUGUAUUUUAUUUCUGUAUUCCAUUUUCUAACAUAGUACUUGUUGCAGGGGAGAAACCCAACCAGUGUGUUUUUGUAAAUGCCUAAGUAGAAUAAUGUCUACUAAAUGUAUUUAGUGCUUUUCUUAGCACUUUACAAGGAUUAACUCAUUUAAUCCUCACAACAACCACGGGAAGUAGAUUCUAUUAUUAGUCCAAUUUUACAGACGAACAAACUGAGGCUAGGCAUUUGGCAUAAAUUACCAGUGUUGGCAAGGACUUUAGAUGACAGUUUAUCCAAUGCACUUAUUUUAAAGAGGGGCAGCUGAGACCUAGGGAGGGGAUGUGAUUUCCAUCAUGCACAUUCAUUAAAAAUUUUAUUAAGUGGAACCCACUAUCCACACUCAAAUUAGCCAGGUGCUUUUUUUUCCCCUUUAUCAAUUUACAAUGAAUAGAAGGACUUUUUAUAGUUAUAUUUGGGGAAAGGGGUACAUUUUACUUUCUCUCAGCUUUUUCUCUUCUUAAAAACAUUUUGAUUCUUUAUUUUACCAGUCAUUUUAGUGUGUUUAGUAGUUUUAAAAAAUAAUACACAGGGCUUCCCUGGUGGCGCAGUGGUUGAGAGUCCGCCUGCCGAUGCGGGGGACACGGGUUCGUGCCCCGGUCCGGGAGGAUCCCACAUGCCGCAGAACGCCUGGGCCCGUGAGCCAUGGCCGCUGAGCCUGCGCAUCCGGAGCCUAUGCUCCGCAACGGGAGAGGCCACAGCAGUGAGAGGCCCGCGUACCGCAAAACAAACAAAAAAACAAAAAAAAACCCCACAGAUUGGACAAGACUAGAAUGUAUUUGUCUUAGUUAAUUUUUAAAAGUGACUUACCUAAAACCCAGGUCUUCUAACUUGGAGUCCAAUGCCCUUUUCUUGCUCCACUGUAGUCUCAAAGAUGAAUUUGCAAACAUGAUUUCAGACAAAAGGCAGGAGCCAUAUUUAAUUAUCUCAAGUUGGCUUUUGUCAUCAAGGAAAUCGGAAAGUUUGGACAACUCAGGGAUGGAUUUCCAUCCCACAUAUUUUUUACUACUAUUUCUGUAAUUAAGUUUACAGUCUAUAUUCAGGAUUUUGUGCUUAAGAGGUAUUACCACUGAGGUUGUGUAUUAUUCUUAGUUCUAGCCUAUGGGUCAGCAAAGUUUUUCUGUAAAGGUCCGGAUGAUAAAUAUUUUAGGCUUUGCAGUUUCUUAGCUGUUCAACUCUGUUGCAGACAAUACGUAAAUCAGUGAGCAUGCCUGUGUUCCAAUAAAACUUAAUUGACACAAAUUUGAAUUUUACAUAACUUUCACAUGUCACAAAUAUUCUUCUUCAGAUUAAAAAAACAUUUUUAAUGUAAAAACCAUUCUUAGCUUGCAGACCAUACAGAAACAGGCAGCCAGGUUGGGUUUGGCCUGUAGACUGUAGUUUUCCUACCCUUGCUCUCAGCUAAGAGGCACGCCCAGGUGUCAUGAUCAAUUGUAUAGGACACUGCGAGUAAUGUAUUAUAAUGUAUUACUGGUUAAUUAUAUCUAAUUAUAUAAUUAGAUAUAAUUAACCAGUAAUACAUUAUAUAUUAUAUAUUAGUUAAUUAUAUCUAAUUUAUCUAGUAAAAUAAAUUAUAGUUGAUGGAUUGUUAUCUUGAUAAUGCAUUCCCAUUAGAAUUUGCAUUCUAAUAUGUUUUCCAGAGUUGAUGUGAAAGAGGUGUCAGUAAAGUCAGAGCUGGGUAAGCAGCAGUUUUAUUUUAUCUAAGCUGUGCCAAUCGUGAACGACUUUCACUGUGCAGUUGCUCUUCAUGGUGUGGAUUACGUUGAUCCUUAAACAUCGCAUGAGGUUAGGGGCACUGACCCUCUAGGCGGUGGAAAAUCCACCUAUAAUUUAUAGUAAGCCCUCCAUAAUAUGUGGUUCCCAUGUCCGCGGUUCCUCCUAUCCAUGGUCACAUGGUCCAAGGAUGCAACCAACCUUACUACAUGUAGCACUGUAGUAUUUACUAUUGAAAAAAAUCCAUGUAUAAGUGGACCUGCACAGUUCAAACUUAUGUUGUUCAAGGGUCAACUUUACAAUGUUCAGACUAGUUUAUUUUCCUCUAGACAAUUUUAAAGUAUUAUCUAAAUCUGUUACAUCCACGGGAUGGGAGUGUUUUACUCGUGACUAUGGCAUCACCUUGUGUAUCAUAAUGGAAACAUGUUUGAGAACCACUGCAAUAGGUCAAAUGCUGAGAUGUGAAUACUAUACUGUAUAUAACUGUAUUGUUCUCUAAAUAGAAUUGGUUAUGUUUAGUGAACAGUUUGAUUAUUCUCAGUGUGUUUGUAUAUAUAUUUGUGCAUACGUGAUGAGGUCUGUAUGUGUUUAUACAUAAAUGCCUAUAUAUACACAUACCAUGGCCAUUUGAAGGUCUUUGUCAGGAUUGUUUCUGGUUCUGAUCUUGUAAAUACUUUAAAACCCAAGAGAUAAAACAUUGUAUGUAUUACAGGCCAAACUACCCUUGAGUUUAUAGUCAUUUCGUUUGCAGAAAGUGUUCCUAGAUCCGUUGUUAAACCUUGCCUCCUCCAUUCAACAUUCUAUGAC